AUGCCAGUCACUCUUUAUCCAGCUGAUCACCCAGCUACCCCAUGGAGGAAAGCAAGCGUGGCGACAUCAUCCCUCGAACUUCUGCAAAAGUCGUGCCCAGACGAGUUUGAAAAGAGCAAGGAAAUCAUUCAAUCCUCCUUUGACUACAUUCCCGAAAAUGGAAUCUUUCCCGAGGCAAACGGUUUUGUCAACGCUGCCUGGUGGGCCUAUAGCAAUCAUCAUCACCUGCUAAUCCGCCCCGAGGAUGUUUGGUUUUCCAUCCUUACGCAGCUGAGCUUCUACAUCAACAGGAACGCCGAGAAGUUAAGGUCUCACUUUGUCGCGCAUGAGGACAAGAAGGAAGUCAAGGUCUACGCUGAAGGACCUGUCGACUUUGGUAAACUAGCCGUCCUCAUGACCAAGAAGAUGGAAGAACAUAUUGUCGACCCCAAGCUGAGGAAAUGGAUCAUGCCAGACUUUACGACUACCGAGGCAACGGACAAGGUUACUGCGGCGAUUCUCAUGAUGGGAUCUAUGCAGAGCUACUUUAACUACACCAUGUGUAUAUGCUGUGGUCUCCCAUCGGUAACUCUACUCGGAACCAAGAACGACUGGCGCAACAUCCGCAAACGCAUUGACAAGAUAACCGAGUUUGGCGAAGAAGCGAAACUAUUCACCAAACUUCUGCGGCCAGUGCUCGACCGUCUUGUUCGCUCGUUCGACCAUCCCAAGGAUCCCGAUAUCCUCGACUUUUGGGGCAAGAUUGUUCACUGGGAACAGAACGGAUCUGGUCCCGAUAGUCUAUCUGGAUGGAUAUCGGCAUUUUGCUUCUGGACACCCGAGGGGAGCUGUCUCCAUCCCAAGGGACUUGUCGAAGACAUCAUGGACCCCGAAACAGGCCGGUGGCGAGCGGGUUGCAAUAUAGAUGGUGUGCAAUUCCAUCACGUGGACAUUGACGAAAUUCCAAAGGGUUUCGUGUCGGUGCCUGUCAAACUCAUCGUAAACGAGACAGAAUACAAGACGAGGAUGGUAGCCGGAUCAGUAGGCGUCAAGGUCUGGAGCAGCGGAGACUUGAUACCAGAUGCGUUUCCACGUCCUGGAAAGGCGACGGCGAGACCAAGAGCGAGAAUCCAGCAAGACACCAAGAGGGAGGCGAACAAGGUUGCUCGGCUAAGAGAGUUUGCUUCGAGACUCAUUUGCCUUUCGGGAAAAGAAUCCAGGGGUUCAGCAUCGAAAGAGUCCCCUGACAAGGCGACGGCAGUCAAUGAGCUAUCAGACACAGCGUCAAAGCCGCAGGUUCCUCAAGGCGAGUUAAAGGCUAGACUUGACUCGAUUCAGCCAGUGUCGGGAUGGUGGAUGUACGAACUCAAAAUCGGACGAGAAUAG